UUUUUUUUUUUACCUGCGUAAAUAUUGUCGUGCUGUUUCUACUCAGUCACGUCCAUCCGCUCAGCACAUCAGCAGCUUCAGUUCAUGACAGCUCUGGUUCUUCUAGCCACGGAUUGUGACUCCACAGCUCCUUCUCUCUACUGCUGCCUCUCCUGCUCAACAACAUGCAGAAAAGGAGGAAACCAGAACCGAUCCAGCUGAACCCGAUUCCUGAUGGGAACGCUGUCAACGGAACCGGAGCCUCUGAAACAAACCUGGAAGCGCUGCAGAAGAAGUUGGAGGAGCUGGAGUUGGAUGAGCAGCAAAGAAAACGCUUGGAGGCCUUUCUGACACAGAAGCAGAAGGUGGGGGAGCUGAAGGACGAUGACUUUGAGAAGAUCUGUGAGCUGGGUGCAGGCAACGGAGGCGUCGUGUUUAAGGUCUCACACCGACCCUCGGGGCUGAUCAUGGCGAGGAAGCUGAUCCAUCUGGAGAUUAAACCAGCCAUCAGGAACCAGAUCAUUCGGGAGCUGCAGGUUCUACAUGAGUGUAACUCUCCAUACAUAGUGGGCUUCUAUGGUGCUUUUUACAGCGAUGGAGAAAUCAGCAUCUGCAUGGAGAACAUGGAUGGGGGCUCUCUGGACCAGUCUCUGAAGAAAGCAGGCAAGAUCCCAGAACAGAUCCUUGGCAAAGUCAGCAUAGCUGUCAUUAAGGGGCUUUCUUACCUGCGGGAGAAGCACAAGAUCAUGCACAGAGAUGUCAAGCCCUCCAACAUCCUGGUGAAUUCCCGCGGUGAGAUCAAGCUGUGUGACUUCGGAGUGAGCGGGCAGCUCAUAGACUCCAUGGCCAACUCCUUUGUGGGCACUCGCUCUUACAUGUCGCCAGAGCGUCUGCAAGGCACUCACUACUCUGUUCAGUCAGACAUCUGGAGCAUGGGUCUGUCUCUCGUCGAGAUGGCUAUUGGACGCUUUCCAAUCCCUCCGCCUGAUUCUAAAGAGCUGGAACAGAUUUUUGGAUAUCUGGUGGAAGGGGAGGCAGCCGCCAGCGAGUCCUCCCCCAAACCAAGACCACCUGGGCGGCCAGGCAGCUCCUUUGGUUCUAACAGUAGACCCCCAAUGGCCAUAUUUGAGCUACUUGAUUACAUCGUCAAUGAGCCUCCGCCCAAGCUGCCUGGGAUAUUUAGCACCGAAUUCCAAGACUUUGUUAAUAAAUGCUUGAUCAAAAACCCAGCAGAGAGGGCAGAUUUGAAGCAGCUGAUGGUCCAUCCUUUUAUCAAAAAUUCAGAGGCUGAGGAGGUGGACUUUGCAGGCUGGCUGUGCAGCACCAUUGGACUCAGCCAACCAGCAACACCUACCCACGGAACCACAAUGUGAGACCUGCUCAACCGAGUGCAAAGCCAUGUUUAUUUUGAAUGUUUUGUACUGCUGGUUUAAGUGUUCCCCCAAUAACUAGUUUUAUGUCAAGUGUACAAACUCAAAUGCCAAGUUAAAGAAUUAAAUAUUUUGAGGCUACGUUGCAGGCCUGCUUGAAAAGCCAUGUUUUUCUAAUGAAUCAAUAGAAAUGCUGCUAAACCUGUGCUUUAUUUUCCCUUCACCCCCUUCUAGAGCACGCAACUUGUUUGAUAUUCGCUUUAUGUGAAAUUAUUCUUGUGAAUAAAACAAAAACUCCAGACUCA